GAUUUUCUGGUUAAUCCGGACACUGAAAAAUCUAUCAAAUUAAACCGAUUCGGCUUGUUUGGUUUGGAUCAAAACCGUAGGCAACCCAUACAGAUUGGAUUGAACUUCUUUCUCUCUCUCCAACAUUUCAUCCUCCCCAACAUUUCCGAGAUUCCCAGAUUCCCGAUCAUGUCAUCCGCCGGAAACUCAACUGAAUCCUCCGUCGCCACGGCGGAGACGGACAAGAUGUUCUUCUGCCACCAAUGCAACCAAACAAUCACAGUCACAAUCUCCUCCACCGCGGAUCCUUUCUGCCCCCUCUGCAACCUAGGCUUCCUCGAAGAAUACACAGAUCCAAUCCCCAAUCUCAUCUUCCCGAUCUCAGAUCCUCCACCCUCGUCACGCCUCCCCUUCAUCCCAGUCAUGGACUUCACGAAUCUCGAUCACGACCCCGACGCGUUCGAUCCCGUGAGCUUCAUCCACAGUCACCUCCAGCAGCUCCAAUCAAGCGGCAUCAACGUUCAAAUGCUCUUCGAGAAUCACCACCACCACCACGGGGAUUACUUCUUUGGCCGUGGUCUCGAGGAUCUGAUCCAGCAGCUAGGGGAAGACGAUCCGAACCGUUACGGACCCCCUCCGGCUUCGAAAUCCGCCGUCGAUGCGUUGCCUACUGUUAAAUUGACGGAGGAGUUAUUGUUGUCGAAUAUGAAUCAGUGUGCGGUGUGUAUGGAUGAGUUUGAGGAUGGGGUCGGUGUUAAGGAGAUGCCGUGUAGACACGUGUACCAUCACGAUUGUUUGCUUCCGUGGCUGCGGCUGCAUAACACGUGUCCUGUUUGUAGGCAUGAGUUGCCUACGGACGAUGUUGAUUAUGAGAAUAGGAGGCGUGGAGGAGGUCAACGAGUGGAGGGUGAGAGGAGGUUUAGUGUAUCGUUUCCGUGGUCGUUUGGAAGACAGGAUGCGGGUUCGGAUUCUGGGAGUGGGUCUGAUAUGGAUACUAGGCAAGACGAAUUGGAUUGAGUUACAACCAAAAAGUCUCUUUUGCUUGGAUUGGAAGAAAACGUGUAAAGAAGCCAUUUGUUUACACACUCCAAAAAACCUGUAAGAAGAAGAAAACUGUAUAUUUGCUUUUAGUGAGAGGUUUCACUUAAAUUUCUUUGUACAUAUCAAAAUGUCUAUACUUUUCGGUUCAUUAGGGUAUGUAUAUUACGAAAGUGAGUUUAAAAAAAAAAUAUGUACUGUAAUUUCUAUCAAAUUGUGGUUGUUGUUCUGUAAUAAGUUCGGGCAUGACUGGUCUCUAUGUUCGUUUUAAUGA